AUGCGACGAAACCAAAGAAUCCCCCUAGUUUUCUUCCUUCAAUGGACCAAGAACUUUCUUCUCGCCGCUUCUCUGCAAACCGCUAUCGGUCAAUAUGCACUCGCAGACUUAUCAGAAAGCCAGCAAAGUUGCAUACAAGGAAGUAACAAUCUUUCAUAUCUGACCGAAUUUGACUUGAAUGAUGACAAGUUCUCCGUCUCCCACCGUCUUUUGGAUACUGUAACAUACGCAUUUUGCACAAUCGGAAUUCUUUCAAAUUUCUUUGCCUACGCCCUUCUGAACGGAAAAUCCACUAUCGGAGUCCUCUUGAUUAAACUCGUCCUUCUUUCCGAUGGCCUGGUCUGCGUAUUCUACCUCCUAAAUCAGGUAUGGACAGACAUAACUAUCAACUACCUGAUGAACUCACUUGUGACUGAGUACCUCUCCAGGAAACCGAUCCUCCAGCACAUAUCGAACGUCCUUCGAACGCUCGCAGUGACGACAGUCAGUGUAAGUAAUUGGUACAUUGUUUGCAUGAUUCUCCAUCGAUGUGUAUCCCUCUAUGCCAAUCCCAUGCGGGGACGUUUCGAGAAAUCACUGUGGGUGCUGGCCCAGAAGCCGCCCAACCUCUGGUUGGCCUUUCUAUCCUGUUGGCUGUUCAGCCUACUACAGGCGUCUCUCACUCUACAUCGAUUUCCCCUCGUCUUGGACGUUCUUACCUUUGUCUUGCCACUGUGUCUAGUAUUUUUAUCUUCCAUUAUCCUUCUCUACGGUCUGCGAGCGAUCCAGCGAAGUCAAAACAGUAACCUGCCCGCGGGCGGUCCUCAUCCAAAGUCUUUCGGUUGUUGUGGUGCUCUCUGCUCACCUCAUAGGUGUGGGAAAGGGGAUCUAGAUGAAACGUUUGCUCAGACCAAGGUGCAGACAGGAACGCCAGACAAUGGUUCCACGUGUACAGUUCACAACAGUUACGCUGCUGCUUCGCCGAAUGCUAGAGAAAAUCAGCCCUACAAUCCGCUGAAUUCUGAUACAGAGACGAGGGAUAACCAUGAAUUGACAGAAUUGCGUCGCAAACGCAUCUACUCCCGUGUAACGAUGACAAUACUGAGCUUGGCUGUGUCCUUCUUGAUUCUGGACUCUCUGCAGUUUGCUGACCUACUGAUCCGUAUUCCCUGGCAGAACAUUCUUGGAAGUGUGGAGGAUAACAGACGGCAGAACCUCUCCUGGAUUCCUCUACCUCACCUCAAUAUCACCAUUGAUCUCAUGAGGGAGGUGCAGAUGAGCGGGGAAAAACAGAGUGUCCUGAGCAUAGUUAAGAAUUCCUGCACUCUGGGCAAAACCCUAACAAAUUUUAUUAUCCUCUGCGCCCACAGUCGCCACUUCCGGUUCUUACUGAUUGCUCAUUUUCGGCGACUGCAGAGGCUACUUCGCAGUCUCCAGUACCGAUGUUGUCAGAGGGCACAAAGGAGGCAUUUAUACUGGGCUGUUGCACCAACCUGUGCCCCGGCUUUUGCUCAACCCAACUGCGCAAGCUGUGACAAAAAGAAACGUGUACGAUGGUAUGAUCAUCGUGGCCAACAACUACCACUGUUACCACAGCAACAGCAGCAGCAGCAGACUAUCCCCAACCGAUGCGACUGCCUACGGGAUUUGAAGUUCGCCUACAAUGUGAACCCCACGCACGGCCUCGCCCCUCAGCUGCAUGAGUGGGCAACACACAGUAGAUGGCCGUUCGCCAGUCCAAAACGGUCCCUCCUUGGUGCUCAUUUCGUCCGCACUCUUCACGUCUUUUCUAGGCGGGGUGUCGGUGGCAGUGGCACAUCAGCCUCCAAGACGAGUUCCACAUUUUCUAGGUGCCACCUCUGCGCACGUAGACGUCAGACUUAUGGCGGGAACCUUUUGGGUUGGCGCACCCAGUGGAAACGCAGAUCGAAACGACGGUCGACGAACCAACCCCUCAGUUGGCAACAGGGUAUGAUCUUCUAUAAGCCACCGCCGCUGCUCCCUACAGGGCCUCUGAAGCAAGGGCUACUCGGAAGUGGUGAUGGUAGUGGUGAUGGAUCUCAGCCCUCCUGCUCAGGCCUCAAGCAUAUCCUCCAUCAGGCAGAAGGUGUCUCCUUCUCCUCCUCGGGGAAGUCCUCGGACGCUGCCAAAUGCCUCUCCUCCACUUCAGGAAACGGAUCUAGCGGCUGCCUCGGCUUUUCAGAGAGCUCCAACUCCGUAGCGUGUUGCGCGGUCUGUUUGCACCAAUCCUCCUCCGUUAGCUCCAAUCAGAAGACAACGAAACAACAUGAGGUUAGAUCAGUGGGUUGA